AUGGGGAGCUCGAGUAAAGGAUCCGAAGGUCCAGCCGACCUCAUCAGCGUCCUCCCGGAGGAUCUGCUUCUGGAGAUCCUCGAGCGUCUUGGUUCCGCCCGCGCCGCCGCGGGCACCAGCCUCCUCUCCCGCCGGUGGCGCGGUCUCUGGACCCGGCUCCCCAGCCUCACCCUCAGCUUCCACGACCUCCCGUUCGGCUCGAUCCAGGCCGCGCUCCACCGCGCCGCCGCUCGUGGACGCCCCGGUGUGUACAUCUACCACCUCAACAUCCGCGUCGCCGGCGAGGCCGGCACGAUCGGCGCCGGGAGGUUCUCCUCGCUGCUCUCGGACGCCGCGAGGCUCUCGCCGGUGGAGCUACGCCUCACUCUCCCACGGAACCUGCAAGUCUCCUGCAUGGACGUGGCACUGCCCAGCUUCCACCGCGCCACCUCCAUGGAUCUACGCGCGCGGACACUCCACUUAACCGUAUGGGCAAAGCCAUAUGGGCCGAUCAAUAGCUGCUAUGUCCCCUUCCGCUCGCUGGAGAGGCUCUCCCUCUCGGGAUGCCACAUCGAUCUGGCCACCUUCAUCCCGUUCUGCCCGCGCCUGCGCGUGCUCCGGCUGAACACCAUCGGUCUGAUAGACAUGAGCAACAUUACGGUCCACUCCGCGUCGCUGGAGGAGCUCGUCGUGGAGCACGGCAACAGAUGGACCGGCCGCACCCAUAUCAGCGUCGACUCCCCUGUGCUUAAGCAAUUGGCAGCGUCCUUCCAUGCCUGCGGAAACAUCGGGGUGUCCAUCUUGGCACCAAUGCUGGACAAGGUCUGGUGGCGGUGCUCGUAUGCCAAGCCGAUCUAUGGGCUUGGUCUUUGGGGCCUCUCAGAGGUGGGCUUCAGCACCGACGCUGGGAGAGACGCCUGUGUGCAGCUCCCUAGCGUCCAUGUCCUGUCCCUACACAUAUCUCCCGUCCAAGAUUCAGUUAGCUUUCCAAAUUGA